UCACUUUCAUCAUAUAUAUCUAUCAUUAAAAAAAAUAAUGGUUUUCUUAUUAUGGUUCUUGUUGGUGAAUACAUUAUGUUCCAUCUCAAUAAGGAUUAAUGGUGAAAUGAUAGAUUCUCUCCCGGGGCAGCCCUCGGAUGUGAGCUUCACUCAGUUCUCUGGGUAUAUUGUUACAGAUAAAUCUCGUGGUAGAGCUCUAUUCUACUAUUUUGCUGGAGCCCAAUCAGAAGAUGAAUUAUCAAAGCCGCUUACACUUUGGCUGGGGGGAGGCCAUGAUUGUUCCAUUGCAACUGUUGGGAUGUUCUACGAACAUGGUCCAUUUAGGCCGACAAAGGAUGGGAAGCUGGUAAAGAACCCAUAUUCUUGGAAUUUAGUGUCGAACAUGUUAUACGUAGACACUCCAAUAGUUGCAUAUUCAUUCUCGAAUACAACCUCAGACUACCAAGCAUGGUGUGAUUUCGAGACAGCCUAUGAAAAUUUGAAGUUUCUUCGAAAGUGGUUUCUUAGAUUCUAUGAAUACAGAAAUCUGGAUUUUUACAUUGCCGGAGAUAGUUAUGGGGGUCACUUGGCACCACAACUUGCUGCAUUAAUCCUUGAAGACAACAGAAAUCCAGCACAUUUGAGACCAAUAAAGCUCAAAGGAAUUGCUCUUGGGAACCCAAUUCUAGAAAAGAUGAGUUUAUCUAACGUUGAGCAUCUGUGGUACCACGGAAUCAUUUCUGAAGAAGUGUACGGUAUGCAGAAGAAAGUGUGUAAUGCAACAACAAUGAUUGACGAAUUCUUAAGCGGAGAAUUGUCUGAAUAUUGCUCUGACAUAGAAAUUAUGUUGUCGGAGGAAAUUGGGCAUGAUAUGGAUAAGGAAAAUUUAGUCUUUCAAUCAUGCGAAUCCUCCUCAAUCUCAUCAUCUCAACAACAUUAUCUUGCUACUGAAACAGCCGAUCCAUGCCUUCGUGAUUGGGUAGGUGAGUACAUAAACAGGCCAGAUGUUCAGAAAGCUUUACAUGCCAAUACAACUGGCUGGCAAUAUCCUUGGAAUUUUACUUCUCCUGGGAAAACGAGUGAUGUGAUUUUGCACAACUUUGCUAUUGACAUAUUGCCAACAUUGUCAGCACUUCUAAUGAGUGAUAUCCCAGUUCUGAUUUACAGUGGAGAUCAAGAUUUAAGAAUUCCUGUCUCACACACUAGGGAAGUUGCAACCGUGCUUGCUGUACGCUUGAAGCUCACCACUUUGGAGAUGAAUGGACCUUGGUAUGAUGGCAAAGAGAUUGGAGGAUGGAGUCAAACAUUCGGAAACUCGGGCAGAUGUAACAAGGUGGGAAAUUUGACAUUUGCAACAGUAAGGGGUGGAGCUCAUUUUGUGCCAUCUUCAUCUCCCUCGCAAGCUCUCACACUUUUUAAGGCAUUUCUCAAGGGAUCUCCACCACCCAGAACUAACCCCAACCACUAUUAGUUUGUAUUAAGUAUUUAUACUAUGAGUAGAAAGUGCGGUGGAGUCAGAAAUUUCGAUCAAUGGUGACGAAAAAUUAAAAAAAAAAAAAAAAACUUCAAAAUAUAGCUAACAAGGUUUGAUCCUAAACCUUUUGUAAUCAAAAUUCACUAUCAACAAACUAUGCUACAACUUUAAAUAAAUUUUAUGCAUAAUAA